GUAGUGCGCUGGAAUAUACAAGACUUGUGUGUUCAAAUAAGGAGCACAAUGAUUGAUGAGUUUGUGGGGCGGUGGGUGUAGUGUGGGGGUAGUUGGACUCGCUGUACAUUCCUGGCAUCUCACCUGUAGAACUUGUUCCUCAAACUGCUGCAACUGAAAGUAAAAUUCCAUUUGGUCUGAGUUGUACUGGAAAGAACACAGAUCAGUGUCACCCACUGGGGCCCUAAUGAACCGACACGAGAUGGGACCCCCAGGGAUGGAGAAAAAACUGGGAACCAGCCUGAAUCCCCCCGUCCUAUUCUGCUUUCUACUGGCCUUACUGGUGGGAACUGAAACACUAGAAGUGAAAGUGAGCGACUCAGCAGUGAAAGUAGUGAAGGAACAAGAUGUGUUUAUCCCAUGUACAAUCAGUGGAUACGGCAGCACAGAACUGGAUCUACAGCUUCUCUCUGUCCAUUGGAGCCGGGGAUCUGACCCAGUUUAUAUCUAUGACAGAGGCUCCCCCAACCCCAUCAGGACUGGAUCAGAAUUAGACGUUCGUCUGAUUAAAGGCAACGCUGGGCUGUACCUGCCGCAGGUACAAAUGAAUGAAGAGGGACAAUAUACCUGCACUGUUACUUAUAAUAAUGAGGAGGCAGAGGGGAGAUCUUCUCUGGAGGUGUCAGUUAAACCCAGUGCCAGGCUGGUGCCCUCUGAUGUUAUUAUAGAGGAAGGAACAGAGAGGGGGGUUACAUGUCACGCCAAUAAUUAUUACCCAGAAAUGAUAAAGUUCCAGUGGAUAAAACAUCUCAAUGAUGCCCAACAUGUUGUUCUGCGCCAAGGAGUCUCCACCAAUGAGCCGCUAGAGAAUGGGGACGGAACCUUCAAUGUAACCAGUCAGCUGAUGUUAAAGCCUUCUAUGGAGGAUGAUGGGGAAAAGUAUUCCUGUAUCAUAUCCCACAGAUCCCUGGGAAACUCUCUUGUUCUUGAUUUUGUUCUGUCUGUAAAGGAGUGGUAUUCCAAAAUAAUCGGAGCUGUGUUCGGAACUCUGGCUGCAGUGAUACUGGUGGCAGGCAUUUCUUGUGGCUAUUUCAUUUUUAUCAAAAAAGAGCCGCCCAGACUUUCUCCAAUAACGGGAUCAGAACUUUUGCUCCAUGAGAAAAAGGCGACUCUGUCCUUCCAGAUCUCUGGUUUUCGGCCCAGGGACAUCCAAAUUACUAUAAAUUUGAAAAGAAAAGGGGGAGAAUCAGCUGAAAUUUACUCAUGGAAUUCUGAGGGACAAACUGGUUCCUCUGCCCCACGGAACAGAGACGGACGGGACACGACAGAGAUGGAACAGUUAUUGAGAAAUGGGGAGACUAUUGUGCCCCCAGCACAGAGGCAGCUGCAAGUGGAAAUGGUUAAUGUAAUAAGAACAAAUAAAAGGGGCAUUUCCAAGUGUCAGUGCACAAUCCAUAUAACUCCAGACAUGCACAAAGAUGAUGGGGCAGAACUGACAGUGCAGGUCACUCACAUUACUCUGAUCUCUCCCAUCUCUGAGUCCUGUCGGCUGAAAGUGAUGAAAGAACCCCCAAAACAUUCUCCAUUUAGUGGAGCGGAACGAUUGGUGCACAUGAGAAAAUCGACUCUGAGCUGUCAGUUCCCUCAGUCCCUCCCAGAACCCACUGACAUCACUUUAUAUUUACAAAGAAAAGGUGAAGAACAGAUUGAGAUUCUCUGUUGGAAAUCUGGAGAAAAAUCUCUGCCAUUUACUGUAGUGUCAGAAAUCCCUGAGGUGCCAGUGGCUACUGAGCCAAAGAGAGAAGGGCCAGUGAGUAAUGGGAAUGGGACUAAUCUGCCCCCAGCACAGAGACCUCUGCAAGUGGAAAUGGUUCCUGUAAUAACAAAUAAAAAUGGAGAUUCCAACUGUCAGUGCACAAUCCAUAUAACUCCAGACAUAGAGGAAGAUGAUGGAGCAGAACUGACAGUGAGGGUCACUCACUCUGCCCUGAGACUCCCCAUCUCUGAGUCCUGUCGGCUGGAUGUGAACGAAGAGACAAUGUUACUGGUGAUGGAUGAGGAUUAUAGAGUGAGAGUUGGCCCAGCACCCCGGGACCCUACAGAUAAUUUUCAUGAAAGGGCAAUAACACUUGGGAGACUUGAUGGAUUAGAGAACAUUGCCUUGAGUCCAACUGGGAAACUCUUUGCCAUCCGAGAGGGAAAACUCUACAGCGGCCCAGUAUCAUCUUGUACAAACCAAAUCUUGUUUUCCCUUGACAGAAGAAUUGGGCGCAGUGGGUGGGACAUGUUUAAACUCCUCUCAUUUGAUCCCAGGGGGCUUCUCUGUGCAGUUAAACAUUCAGGAACAGUUUUUAGGGGUCCACACCCAGACAAUGAAAGCCAGAACUGGAUUGGUGACCUGGGUGUACAUGUAGGGCAGUAUAACUGCAGUGAUGUUGACUCUGUCUUCUUUGACCCACAAGGGACUUUAUAUGCAAAAACAAGUUAUGGUCAAAUUAAGACAUUAUUCAAACCAGCAGAGACAGAUAGUGAUUGGUCGGAUUUAGGAACCGCACUCAGACAAAGAGACGGCAGAGAUUCUCCCCAUGUGAUUUCUUUCUGCCCUGAGGGAAACCUCUGGUGGGUCAGUAAGGCUGAAGGCAAACUGUAUAAAGGGCCACAGCCAACUCAACAGAAUACAGAAUAUUGGGGGGUCGCCACGUUCUUGGGUCAGGACUAUAAUCGGUACAAGCUGUUUGGGUUCAUAGGAGGAACAUUCAUUCAGAGGAUUCAGAAGUUUGAGUUCCUCCCUGAACUGGGAAAAAUUGUCAAAGAAAUGAAUAUAAUAGUAAAUGUAAAGACCUAUGAUAAUAGCAAAGGGGACAACACACUCAAUGACACUUUCAGUUUUGAGGAAACCAUAAAGGAAAUAAGUAGAUUUAUUUAUGAUCAUAACAUUGUGUUUAUGGAGGAGGCAGAAACGAGUUUCAUUGAGGGAAUUCCUGUCAUUGACACGGGAAGAGAUUCCAAGAUUUCACUUGAUAAUAACGUCACUCACCAGUGGGAUUUCACCAACACCAAUGAACGAGAGGUUACUUUAUCUCUACAAGAACCUGUUGUGGUUGAAAGUGGUAAAGCUGUACGUAUGGAGGUCUCAGUCCAGAAAGCCAAAAUAAGUGUUCCCUACAAGGUCCGGCUACUCACGGUCCAAGGCCACAGUGUAACCAUUGAAGGCAGUUGGGAAGUGAUAAAAUUCUAUAAUCUGAGAGCGACACCAAGAGAAGCCCGGAGGGAGAGACGCUACUUCUUGGCACCAAAAAGCAUCUGGGUAGAGGAGAGUUUCUUCGUCUAAUCUCAUCUAAUGUCAAUGGAAAACCCUGGCUGGGAAAGUGACACAUUGAGUAAUGACACAACAAUACAGACUGAUAAUUUGAAAAGCAAGGGACCUAAACCCCACAAAAAUUCUUCAAUUCUUGGAGCGGAACGAUUGGUGCAUAUGAGAAAAUCAACUCUGAGCUGUCAGAUCCCUGAGUCCCUGCUGGAACCCACUGAAAUCACUUUAUAUUUGCAAAGAAAAGGUGACGAACAGAUUGAGAUUCUCUCCUGGAAAUCAAUGGCAAAUAAGACAAUUUCAGAACAGUUAGUGAGUAAUGGGAAUGUGACUAAUCUGCGCCCAGCACCGAGGCCACUGCAAGUGGAAAUGUUUCCUAUAAUAACAAAUAAAAAUGGAGAUUCCAACUGUCAGUGCACAAUCCAUAUAACUCCCGACAUAGAGGAAGAUGAUGGAGCAGAACUGACUGUGAAGGUCACUCACUCUGCCCUGAGACUCUCCAUCUAUGUGUCCUGUCGGCUAGAGGUGAACGAAGAGACAAUGUUACUGGUGAUGGAUGAGGAUUAUAGAGUGAGAGUUGGCCCAGCACCCCGGGACCCUAAAGAUAAUUUUCAUGAAAGGGCAAUAACACUUGGGAGACUUGAUGGAUUAGAGAACAUUGCCUUGAGUCCAACUGGGAAACUCUUCGCCAUCCGAGAGGGAAAUCUCUACACCGGCCCAGUAUCAUCUUGUACAAACCAAAUCUUGUUUUCCCCUGACAGAAGAAAUGAGCACACUGGGUGGGACAUGUUUAAACUUAUCUCAGUUGAUCCCAUGGGGCUUCUCUGUGCAGUGACACAUUCAGGAACAGUUUACAGGGACCCACACCCAGAGGAUGAAAGUCAGAAAUGGGUUGGUGACCUGGGUGUAUAUGUAGGGCAGUAUAACUGCAGUGAUGUUGACUCUGUCUUCUUUGACCCCCAAGGUUCUUUAUAUGCAAAAACAAGUGACGGUCAGAUUAAGAUGUGGGUCAAACCAGCAGAGACAGAUAGUGAUUGGUUGGAUUUAGGAACCGCACUCAGACAAAGAGACGACAGAGAUUCUCCCCAUGUGAUUUCUUUCUGCCCUGAGGGAAACCUCUGGUGGGUCAGUAAGGCUGAAGGCAAACUGUAUAAAGGGCCACAGCCAACUCAACAGAAUCCAGGAUAUUGGGGGGUCGCCAGGUUCUUGGGUCAGGACUAUAAUCGGUACAGACUGUUUGGGUUCAUAGGAGGAACAUUCAUUCAGAGGAUGGAGGGUCUUGAGUUCUUCCAUGAAUUGGGGAAAAUUGUCACAGAAAAGAGUAUGAUCUUAAAUACAGAAACCUAUGAUAAUAGUGAUGGGAGCUCCACAUUAAAUGAGACUUUCAGCUUCAAGAAAAUGAUGAAGGAAGUGAGUAGAUUCAUUCAUGAUCAUAACAUUGUGUUUGUGGAGGAGGCAGAAACGACUUUCAUGGAGGGAAUUCCUGUCAUUGACACGGAAAGAGAUUCCAAGAUUUUACUUGAUAAUAACAUCACUCACCAGUGGGAUUUCACCAACACCAAUGAACGAGAGGUUACUUUAUCUCUACAAGCACCUGUUGUGGUUGGAAUUGGUAAAACUAUGCGUAUGGAGACCUCAGUCGAGAAAGCCAAAAUAAGUGUUCCCUACAAGGUCCGGCUACUCACAGGCCAAGGCCGAACUGUAACCAUUGAAGGCAGCUGGGAAGGAACCACCUUCUAUAAUCUGAGAGCGGCACCAAGUGAUGUCCGGGGCAGGAGGAAAUAUUUUGGCUAUACAUUAACAGACAGUUGUGAAGAGGAGAACUACUUUGAUCAGAGGUGACACAAGGGCACCCAAAGAGAUAAGUCGGUGGGAAGCAUUGGGAUCUAAGUGUUCCUUCUCCACUAGCAGCCACCUCCCAGGUUAUUCCUGUAGUAUUUCACUUUCUUCUCAUUGGGAAGAGACUGCAAAAUCAUCUUGCUAUUAUCUUACAUACAAAGAGUAUUGUGCCAUUUUGUUUUGAUUUCUUUUUUUUUUUUGUUUUAAUGUGGGUAGCAUUAAAAAUUCCUUCUCUUUU